AUGUUUGCGGAGCUCGUCGCCCCGUCCGUCUCAACCUUGAUGAUGCAAUCCAGCAUCUGGGCGCGAGAGAAGCGGCUUCUCUGGCUCUUGUGCUCUGCCAACAUGGCCCUAUUCCUCGCAUCUGCGUCCUGGGCGGCGGCGACGUAUCGACUUCGGGACAACCUCUUGCACAACCGCGACAACGAGCUGCUGUGGCUCAUGGACUGGUACUGCAAGCCGGCAAAGAGCAUCUACAUACAGCGUUUUCUUGUGGCAAACGUGGGUUGUGUGCCUAGUUCUAACACGCAAGGGGGCGGUAAUGCAGCACCGGUGCGCGACCAGACGCAAAUCGACCUCAUCGAGACACGGGUCAACGGGUCGCUCAUCGAUCUCGACCACUCGCUCUUCCGGGCGCCGCCAUCGGCCGAGGUGGGCGCGGCGUGGGCGUCUUCGCACUCCAUCAGCACCGAGGCCGUCAUCCGCCUGUCUGGGCAAGGACCCGUCGACGACGGCGCGCUUCACGGCCGACUGGGGGGCUCGGCGACGAGGCACACGUGGCGGAACUAG